AUGCUUCCCAUUAACGCUGUCGAAAAUGAUGGAUUUAGGAAGCUUAUUAAAGUCCUUGACCCCAGAUACGAGCUACCUGGCCGGAAACAUUUUUCAGUGACUGCACUUCCCCGGCUGUAUGCGGAGCGUAGUGAACAGUUGGAGCAGGAGCUGCAAAAUGUAGCGUAUUUCGCCUCUACAUCCGAUAUGUGGUCUAGUCGGACAUCUGAACCUUAUCUCAGCCUCACAAUUCAUUUUAUUGACAAAGACUGGAAACUUCAGAGCAAGUGCCUCCAAACGGCUUACUUCCCCGAAGACCACACAGAGAAAGUUGGAAAGGACAAGAGGGUGGAACGAGCCAUCGGGGUGUGUAAAAAUGUAGUGUCUGCCUUCUCCUUUUCCUGGAAAAAGAAGAGAGACCUUGCAACUGCUCAAGAAGAAUUUAACCUACCCAAGCACAAGCUUACUACAGAAUCACCUACCAGGUGGGGCUCACGGCAAAAGAUGGUGUCAAGAGUGAUAGAGCAGCACAAAGCUAUCUCUCAGGUACUCGCUGCUGACAAGAAAACCAGACACUUGGUCCCCACCUGGCAAGACAUGGAUGUGCUAGAGUCAGUGAACGAGGCCUUAAAGCCACUCCUUGAGUUCACAGAUUCACUCUCAGGUGAAACAUACGUGAGCGUGUCCUACCUUAAACCUGUGUUGCACCUCUUCAGAACAGAGGUGCUGAAACACUCUGAUGAUGACACACAGCUCACAAAGGACAUAAAGGCAAUGGUCAUGGACUAUCUUGAUGAAAAGUAUGAUGACGACGGGACAGACAGUCUGCUUGACAUGGCAUCCUUGGUUGACCCGCGCUUUAAGACCCAUUACAUAAAGCCAGACAAGAUAGAGACUAUCAAAACAAGAGCAGUGUCUGAGAUUAUGAACAUGGAGGAAGACCAAGGCCCAUCUACUUCACAGGCUUCACACCAAACAGAAGAAGAAGAGGCAGAGGGGGAAGCUGCUGCAGCUUUACCUGCCAAAAAGCAGAGAAAGACACUGGGCAGUCUUUUUAAGAAGCUGUGCCCCAGCAACACAGGACUCACAUACAUGCAGACAGUGGAGGGAGAGCUGGAAAACUACCUCAUGGCUCCAGAUGCAGACAGUGAAACUGAACCCCUGGAUUGGUGGAAGAUGCAUGAGAAAACCUUUCCAAGAGUGAGCAAACUAGCACAGCAGUACUUGUGCAUCCCUGCCACCAGCUCUCCCUCUGAGAGGAUUUUUAGCACGGGAGGAAACAUUGUGACCUGUCACAGGGCAGCUCUAAAACCUGAGACUGUAGACAGACUUGUCUUUCUCGCUCGUAACCUGUAA